CUGGGACGACGGCGGCAGCGGCGUUCAGGCGCAGUAGAUGUCUAUCUGGCUGGAGUGAGAGCUCGGUGGGAUUUAGAAGAUGUUGUGGAGGAGGAUCCAGGUUUUAGCAAAGAAGGUUCUAAAUGGCUUCUAAGAAGUUGGGUGCAGAUUUUCAUGGGACUUUCAGUUACCUUGAUGAUGUCCCAUUUAAGAUAGGAGACAAAUUCAAAACACCAGCUAAAGUUGGUCUACCUAUUGGCUUCUCCUUGCCUGAUUGUUUGCAGGUUGUCAGAGAAGUACAGUAUGACUUCUCCUUGGAAAAGAAAACUAUUGAGUGGGCUGAAGAUAUUAAGAAAAUCCAAGAAGCCCAACGGGAAGCAGAGCGUAAGGCUGAUGAAGUAGAAGCUAAAGUGAAUUCUAAGAGUGGCCCAGAGGGUGACAGCAAAAUGAGCUUCUUGAAGACCCACAGUACAGCCACAAUGCCACCUCCUAUUAACCCCAUCCUUGCCAGCUUACAGCACAACAGCAUCCUCACCCCUACUCGGGUCAGCAGCAGUGCCACGAAACAGAAGGUUCUCAGCCCACCACAUACAAAGGCAGAUUUCAAUCCUGCUGACUUUGAGUGUGAAGAAGACCCAUUUGAUAAUCUGGAGCUAAAAACUAUUGAUGAGAAGGAAGAGCUGAGAAACAUUCUGGUAGGAACCACUGGACCAAUUAUGGCUCAGUUAUUGGACAAUAACUUGCCCAGAGGAGGCUCUGGGUCUGUGUUGCAGGAUGAGGAGGUCCUGGCAUCCCUGGAGCGGGCAACCCUAGAUAUCAAGCCUCUUCACAAACCCAAUGGCUUUAUAACCUUACCACAGUUGGGCAACUGUGAAAAGAUGUCACUGUCUUCCAAAGUGUCCCUCCCCCCCAUUCCUACAGUAAGCAAUAUCAAAUCCCUGUCCUUUCCCAAACUUGACUCUGAUGAUAGCAAUCAGAAGACAGCCAAGCUGGUGAGCACUUUCCAUAGCACAUCCUGCCUCCGCAAUGGCACCUUCCGGAAUUCCCUAAAGCCUUCCACCCAAAGCAGUGCCAGUGAGCUCAAUGGGCAUCAUACUCUUGGGCUUUCAGCUUUGAACUUAGACAGUGGCACAGAGGUGCCAACCCUGACUCCCUCAGAUCUGAUCUCCCAGAUGCCUUCCCUCUCUGUCUUGUCUGUGUGCACAGAAGAAUCAUCACCUCCAAAUACAGGUCCCACGCUGAUGAGCAGGGUGCCAAGCCUAAAGCCAGGCCCUGGGGAUUCAGAACUACGUGACAUGGUCACACCUCCUAAUUUCUCAAUGUCACAAGUGCCCAACACUCCCAGCUGUCCCCAGGCCUAUUCUGAACUGCAGACACUGUCCCCCAGUGAGCGGCAGUGUGUAGAGACCGUGGUGAACAUGGGCUACUCAUAUGAGUGUGUCCUGAGAGCCAUGAAGAAGAAAGGAGAUAAUAUUGAGCAGAUUCUCGACUAUCUCUUUGCACAUGGACAGCUCUGUGAGAAGGGAUUUGACCCUGUUUUAGUGGAAGAGGCUCUGGAAAUGCACCAGUGUUCAGAGGAAAAGAUGAUGGAGUUUCUUCAGUUAAUGAGCAAAUUUAAGGAAAUGGGCUUUGAACUGAAAGACAUUAAGGAAGUUCUGCUACUACACAACAAUGACCAGGACAAUGCUUUGGAAGACCUCAUGGCUCGGGCAGGAGCCAGCUGAGACCAGGCACUGCUUAGGCCCUGCUAUGGAACCACCCCUGCAGGAGGCCCUGAGGAGGAGCCCAUGUGUGGGGAAGGAGAAGGACACACUUCCCGAUUUUCUUUUGGGGGUGGAAGGUCAGGUGUGGAGAUUGUGCUUGCCAGUCUCUGAGCGGGGGAGGAAGUAGGGAAGAUUUGGGCAUGUGAAUGCCUCCAGAAUUGCCCUGGCUCCUUCCAUAUUAAAUGUAUUUGUAUUUUGAGAAGUGUCCUUCCCACCUUGGCCCUCGAGGGAGACGUCCCUGGCCCUUCUGGGGUCUGUAUGUCCUCAGCGGAAACCUGGUCCAGCUGCCAAAAGGAGUCUGGGAGAAGGGGUGGGAGGGCCAGACUCAGUGCUUUAGGGCUAGAUGCUUCCCUCCCCUGCACUGGUGGACUGAACUCUGAUCCAAGUUGAGUGCAAUUGAAAGGUUCUUCCAGGGUUUUUUUUUUUCUUUUAACAAAGUCUCUUAGUGUUACACUGGUUCUGCAAUGUCUCUGGGGUGCAAAGAAUGCCCUUUUCCCCAUGGGGCGCUGAGUUUGCCUCUUCUGCCAGGCAGUUACCAUGCUUCCCUGCCCCAGCCCGUUUCUUUUGGCUUGGUUUGGACCACAACCCUCUGCUACCCAGGAUUUUAGAGCCCCCUGUUCCAGGAAGCAGUUGUUGGUUUAAGAAAUCAUUGGCCCCUUCCCAGCACAUUGAGUGGGGGAGAAACAGGCUGCAAUUUAGUAGCCCAGCACUAACUCCACCUCAGUUCUCCUUGGAGAACAGCCUCUCCCUCCAGCCCCCUGCUCUAGGAUGACACAAUGAGUAACACCUAGUCAUAGAAAUCAGUCUCUUUCAUUUGUUUUGUAUUAUGUUGUUCAUCAUUAAAGAUCUAAAUACAAAGGAUAUACAGUCUUGAUGAAUCUAAAGUAAUUUGCUAACUAUUUUGAUUCUUCAGAGAACUACUAAUAAAAAUCUAAAAGGUA